CGGUGCCAGGACUGGGGCCAUGUAUCUUUCUUCUCUCCAGUCUCAGGCGCAGCCUAGGCUCUUCCCUCACUCAAGCAUCUCUGGGGGUCCUCUAAGUGUCUCAGCCCCUGGAGAUUGCAGUGUUCCUUGGGAGCCUGGCCUAGGGAAGGAGCCAUAACGGCAGGCCCUGAAGCAGAGGUAACUGAGAGCCAGUUAAGGCUGCUCCCCGGGCUUGUCCCAAAAUUUGCAUGAAGAGAAUGAGGCUCCUCCGUGGGUCUCCUGACCUCACCUAGCGCUGCAUAGUUCUGGGCUGAGGUCUGACACGCAGCAGAUAGAGGAGGCAGUGCUGUGGGGAGCCACUGCACCACCCUGAAAGCAAUGCCCCGGGUCUUCCUUGUGAGGAGUCGGCGACCACAACCACCUAACUGGAGCCGUCUGCCUGACCAGCUCCGGGGAGAUGCCUAUAUCCCAGACUGCUGCAGCCUGGCAGUGCCACCAGCGCACAGAUCUCCUAGUCUGAGAGACACUUGGGCAGCGUCCUCACAGGGAACCCUGACCUCUGCUCCCAGGGCCCCGGGGACACUUGGCUGCCCGCUUUGCCCCAAGGCCUUCCCGCUGCAGCGCAUGCUGACUCGGCACCUCAAGUGCCAUAGCCCAGCACGGCGCCACGUGUGCCACUGCUGCGGCAAGGGCUUUCACGACGCCUUUGAUCUCAAGCGCCACAUGAGGACUCACACAGGAAUACGGCCAUUCCGCUGUGGAGCUUGUGGGAAAGCUUUCACUCAGCGCUGCUCCCUUGAAGCUCACCUUGCCAAGGUACACGGGCAGCCAGCCAGCUAUGCCUACCGGGAGCGCAGGGAGAAGCUGCACGUGUGUGAAGACUGUGGCUUCACCAGCUCUCGGCCUGAUGCUUACGCACAGCAUCGCACGCUCCACCGCACAACCUGAUAUACCGGCGGCUUCUUAUCCACGAGACGAAUAAACAGGAAACGCUA